CGCUGCAGCGCUCGAUCGCGUCGUUGUUCGCGCGGUGUCCGCGAGGCGCCACGGCGGUGUUGCACGACGUCUCGCGCGCGCGUCCUGAGCACGUUCCCGCGUUACUCCCGGCGUUGAGCGAAAAUGGCGCGUACGUGGAUAGGGGGCGAGCGGUAUCGACGACGUUCGGGACGGUUUUACUCCUCGCGACGCUUCCCGGCGUCGCCGCGGACGCCGCGGACGAAAAGGCGUUCACCAACGCGGCCAAGCGAGAGCUCCUCGAGGCGAUGCGAGCGGCCAAGGACGGAAGAGACGACGACGGUACCGCGCUCGCGUUUAGACGUAGGAUAGACGUCGCGAUUCCAAUCUCGCGAACGAUAGAAGACUCUUGA